GGGGGGGGCGGUGCUGCCUUCGCCGAGGAGAGGCUGCUGCUGUUGCUGCUGCAAUGGAUUCCUGGGUGCGAUUCAGCGCCCAGAGCCAAGCCAAGGAGCGGGUCUUCAGGGCUGCCCAGUAUGCCUGCACUCUCCUUGGCUACUCACUUCAGAAGUAUGGCGCCAGCCCUGAUUUCAUUGCUAGGAUCAAGCAGCUGGAGGCUCACAUGAGCUUGGGGCGCAAGUUGUUCAGGCUGGGGAAUUCUUCAGAUGCCCUGGAGGCAGCCAAACGGGCCAUCCACCUGUCAGACAUGGUCCUUCGCUUCUGCAUCACUGUCAGCCAUCUAAACAGAGCCAUGUAUUUUGCCUGUGACAACAUCCUGUGGGCAGGGAAAUCAGGUCUCGUCCCGCACAUGGACCAGGAGAAAUGGAGCCAGCGGUCUUUCAGGUAUUACCUUUUUGCACUGAUCAUGAACCUGAGCAGGGACGCCUAUGAGAUCCGGCUGCUGAUGGAGCAUGAGGCGAACGGGAAGUGCCAGCGAGGUGGUAGUGGAGACAGCCCCAGAGUGGGGGAAGACCACCGGCUCCAGCAGCUGAUCUUGAGGCUGAAGCUGCAGGUCCGCCUCCUGUGUCACGUGCUGAGGGACAACCCCCCUCUGCUCCUGGACCUGGCGAAAAAUGCCUGCGACAUUUUUAUCCCCAUGGACAAGUUGGGCCUGUACAAGACCAACCCAGGGUUCGUGGGGCUCUGCGGCUUGACGUCUUCCGUCAUCUCCAUCCUUACCAUUGUCUUCCCGUGGCUGAAGCUGAAGCCUUGAAGGGCGGGAGGGGGCGGCGGCAAUUAGCUGGUGUCUGUGGAGCAGGCCAAAUGUCACAGGGCUUCCUCUUUCUACGUGUUCCACUUCCAGAGGCCGGCAUGAGGUGUCUGCGACUUUGGCAGCCUUAGGCAGCCGGUGGCCAUUUGCGUAGCAUGGGCUCCUUGGUACGUGGGGACUUGGGCCUGUUGGCGCUUUGGGGGACAUCUAAUUUGCACUCAAUUUUAUGUGGGGGACAGCAACUUCGUGACCAACCUUCCUCACUCCUCUGGGCCACCGUAUUACAACCCUCCUAUGCAGAUGGUCCUCAAGCUGUAUCCUGCCCCUGGCUUGCCCCUCCUCUGCCCUUCCCACUCCACAAUACCUCUCCCCACAAAUCCCACCCACUCACCUGCUCUUUUUAAUUCAUCCUGGGCUACUCCCUGUGAACUGGGAAUGCAUCUUUCAAUGCUCUGACAUUGGAGCCACUGGGGAAGGGAUUGGAGCUAUGCUAUGCCCUGCCACACCCAGCCUCUUCUACUCUUGAGCAGGAGGUGAAAAGUGAAGGUCUGUCCUUGUGCAUAAAUCUAGUGAUGGGCUGCCUCGUGGCAUGGUGCCUCGGUGCCCCUUGGCAAGGAAGGAAGGUCUGGGGAAACGAGGUAGAACGGCUGUGGACCUGGGGCCAUGUUUGGACCGAGGAGUAAGCACAUGCCCAGUAAACGGGCUUCUGCUAUUCCUAUCAAGCUGUGGCUCCUAUUUUUUUAGGCUUCACCACUCCAUUAACAAGCAGAGCUUUAAUGUCUGCGUUUCCUCAACUUGGUCCCCCUCCAGAUGUCCUAGACCCCGGCUCCCAUCAGUCUGCAGCCAGCAUGGCCACACUGAGCAUGAUGGAAGUUGGAGUAUCUACACGCCAUGAGAAUUAUUAAGGGCUGUUCUAUGCUAUGCCUUGAUAUUUGGCGCUGUUAGUUCCUUUUCCUGAUUUUGCAAGCCUCUCCCCCAUCCCCCCCGUCUCAUAAACAUAACUUUUGAAAUCGAGUGACCUUCUGAAGCUAAAUGUAGUCAGCCACAGAGAGUUUUCUUUGGUAUUACUAUUUUUAAAUGGUGGAUGGCUCCUGUUUGCCUGGGGGAGGGUUCAGUUCUGAGUAGGGCUUCUGGUUUCCUGCCAGGCAACUCACAGGGCAUGACAUGUGCUCCAGAUCUGGUUAUGAUCUGAUGCUUUAUAUAAAGUCAGGUUUCUGGAUGUCCUUGUUCUACAACAAUAGCUGGCAGAUUCAGACCCUGAGAAGUCUCCUGUCAAAGAACUUUGGGGGAUAGGGGAAUCCUUACCCAGCAGACUUCUCUGCUAGGUAUCUCCUUCUCUGCUGCUCAUAAAACAUAGGAAUCUUCUCAGAGUAUGCACAUAGCCAACUUACUCCUCACACCCUGUGCUGCCACCUCAUUUCCCUUCACAGGAGCUCUGUGCCUUUAGUAGUUUCACAACAGACAUACAUUCCACCUGGGCUGCUUCCCCCUCCUUCUUUGCUGUGGCCUCUCAUUCCUGGGAGAAGCUGCACAGGUUGAAUUUCUGCCUGCCACCCAUCUGUUAACAGCUACAAAGCUUUGGGCCUUGUGUUCUCAUUGGGAUGCCCAACCUGUGGCUGGGUGGCAUCCCAUCAGACUGCAAUGGGGUGGGUGCUCCCCUGUGUUGGGGGGUGAACUAAAUGCUUCCACAUACAAGAGAAGUUAGCAUGUCGGGGGGGUACUAGGCAAGGUUCUUCCCCCUUGAUUACUGAGUGGAGGGAAUUGUUUUUUAUGGGGGAAGUAGUCAGGAACAUGACAUACACACAUAUGCCUCUUUGCUGUCUGAAAGAAUGCAUUGCCAACUCAAUGGUCUGAGCUUAGGCCAUUGAGGGGAAUCCCCAGAGGUCCCUAUUGAUCCAUUGUUUUUUGUCAUCUUUUUCCAUCUCCAUCCCAGGUCUCCUUUCCCCUUCCAGUACUGCUUCUUAAUCUCUACCAUCAGCACCACCCAUCUGCCCUGCUCAUAACCCCUUUCUUGGUUUUGAAACGGGGUUCCUAACCUGGAGCAGGUGAUAAUACCCUGUUCCUCUGCUAAUACAGUGCAGUGUUGCGGAGCUUGCAGCCUCCAUCCUUCACCAUUGGCCACACUGGUUGGCUCUGAGCAGAGUUUGGCGGGGGGAGGGAGGGAUCCUCCAGCAGUAUCAGGAGGGCACCAUAUUGGCUACCCCAGGAUUAAAAAUUUACCAUUUCUCCCAGUCCUCAACUAUAGUUCUACCUUUCCCUCUUACUAGUGUAUCAAAUAAACAGGGUUGAUCAUUUGAUCCAAUAAAUUAAGGUUGGCAUA